UCCGUCCACGCCGGCUGCGGUGAGGGACCGGUGUUUCGUGGCCGCUGCCCGGGCAGCUGUUGGGAAAUGAGCAGGUAGGAGGCUGAGACCGACCUCUGUGUCUUGGAACGGACCGCGAACCGCCGCGUAACGGGGGAGUGCGACAGUCAGCCAAGGUCACCGCGUCCCGAGCAGGCGGGGGCGCGACUGGGCCCGCGGGACCCGCCCUGCUAGCCGCAUCCCAGGCCCGGCUCGGUCUACAGGGUCCCAGGAUGUCGGCGGCGUGGACGGACCCUGCGCAGGUGUCUGUGACCUUUGAUGAUGUAGCUGUGACUUUCACCCAGGAGGAGUGGGGGCAGCUGGACCCAGCCCAGCGAACCCUGUACCAGGAGGUGAUGCUGGAAAACUGUGGGCUUCUGGUGUCUCUGGGUUGUCCCAUUCCCAGAUCUGAGCUGAUCUACCAGCUAGAGCAAGGGCAGGAGCUGUGUACAGUAAGGAAAGACCUCUCUCAAGGACGCUGUCCAGAUGACAAAAGAAAACCCAAGACUCCAGAACUUACCACUGGUGAGCCAGCUUUGUCUGAGGGAGUCUCACUCUGGGGACAACUAAUGGAAGGGGUAGCAGGGGAACUCCAGUUGGGGCAAGCCAAGGACCCAAAUGGGCCAUGUGAAAUGCAGGGAGCACACUGGAGACCACCAGUAGAUCCCCAAAAGGGGAAGCUUCCUGGGAAAAUGAGCUCUGAACAUGAUAAUUUAGGGACAGCUGAUGGUAUGUGUUCAAGGACUGUACAGGAGCAAGCCUCUUUAGGAGAUGCUGUCUAUGACCGUAACUCACAUGGAUCAGGUAAAGAUCCCAUAUAUCAGGAAGAGGAAAAUAUCUUUAAAUGCAGUGAAUGUGGAAAAGUGUUUAACAAGAAAUGCCUUCUUGCUCGGCAUGAGAGAAUUCACUCUGGAGUGAAGCCCUAUGAAUGCACAGAAUGUGGAAAAACCUUUAGCAAGAGCACAUACCUCCUUCAACACCAUAUGGUCCACACUGGCGAGAAGCCCUACAAGUGCAUGGAGUGUGGAAAGGCCUUCAACCGCAAGUCACAUCUUACACAGCACCAGCGGAUUCACAGUGGAGAGAAGCCUUAUAAGUGCAGUGAAUGUGGAAAGGCCUUCACCCACCGCUCCACUUUUGUCUUGCAUAACAGAAGCCACACUGGAGAAAAACCCUUUGUGUGCAAAGAAUGCGGCAAAGCCUUUCGAGAUAGACCAGGUUUCAUUCGACACUAUAUCAUCCACAGCGGUGAGAAUCCCUAUGAGUGCUUUGAGUGUGGCAAGGUCUUCAAACAUAGGUCAUACCUCAUGUGGCACCAGCAGACUCAUACUGGGGAGAAGCCCUAUGAGUGCAGUGAAUGUGGGAAAGCCUUUUGUGAAAGCGCAGCCCUGAUUCACCACUAUGUUAUCCACACUGGGGAGAAGCCCUUUGAGUGCCUCGAGUGUGGGAAGGCCUUCAACCACAGGUCAUACCUUAAGAGGCACCAGCGGAUUCACACCGGGGAGAAGCCUUAUGUGUGCGGUGAGUGUGGAAAGGCCUUCACCCACUGCUCUACUUUUAUCCUUCAUAAAAGAGCCCACACUGGAGAAAAACCUUUUGAGUGUAAAGAAUGUGGAAAAGCCUUUAGCAAUAGGGCAGACCUCAUUCGGCACUUUAGCAUCCACACUGGAGAGAAGCCUUAUGAGUGCAUGGAGUGUGGAAAGGCUUUCAACCGCAGGUCAGGCCUCACAAGGCACCAGCGGAUUCAUAGCGGAGAAAAGCCCUAUGAAUGCAUUGAGUGUGGGAAAACCUUUUGCUGGAGCACAAACCUCAUUCGACACUCCAUCAUCCACACUGGAGAGAAGCCGUAUGAAUGCAGUGAAUGUGGAAAGGCCUUCAGUCGCAGCUCAUCCCUCACUCAGCAUCAAAGGAUGCAUACUGGCAGAAACCCUAUCAGUGUAACAGAUGUGGGAAGACCUUUUACAAGUGGGCAAACCUCAGUCAAUAUUCAAGAGCUUUUACUAGGGAAAAACUUUUUGAAUGUAACCACUGAGGAAAAUCUUUUGCAGGAAGAAACAUCUUACAUCGCAUCUGACCAUGCAUACCAAAGAGAAACCCCACAAGUGUCUUCACUGUGAGAAAGCCUGUUGCAGUAUAUCACUUGUCACCUAAGGAGUCAUAUUAGAAAUUAAGCCAGUUUAGAGCCUUAUUCUCCAUCUAAGAAUUCACCCAGGAGAAAGAUCCAGUGGUUAUCUGUGCACUUAGGAAAAUCUUUAGCUACGUCUUUCUCUUUAGUUUACAGUGCAAUGUUAUCUCAGGAAUUUUUACAAAAAGAAGGAGGUUACAGAAAAAAGAAAAAGAAAUACAAGCACUGCUUCUUUCAUACUACUCUUGUAUAUACAUUCAUUGCUAUCCAGUGUAAGGAAAGUUAGACAGUUGAGGGCAAGUCUAGAAUCUUAGUGAAUGUCUUCUUUGUUCCACAACAUUGUCUCUAUCCUGGAAGAACAUACUUUUUUUGAAAAAUAUGAAGGCUUGAGUUAUGAAAUACUUUUAUAUUUAAAGAGAUAGGGAAACACAUAUGAAUGGGCACAUUUUAUUGCAUCACUUAAGACUGUUUAGGUCUUUACUUUUUAAAAAACCCUUUUUUUAUGUGGUUCUUAACACCUAACACUCAGAAUUUUUCUUGAUUCCCAUCUGUUGGUUUACUUGUUUGCUGUAGCUAUAUGAUAAAUCUCAAAAUUGGGUAAUGUGAUUUUUUUCUCUUUAUGCUUUUUAUUUAAAGUGAUUUAGCAUUCCUAGUUCUUUUGACUUUUCAUAUAUACUUUGGGGUUAGUUUUUCUGUUUU